AUCAGACUGACAGCUCCGCGGACAACGUGACUCUCUCUGUCCAAUCGUGGCUUCCUGAGGCAGGAACGAGCCGCAGAGCUGCUGCUGCUGCCGCUGAGGCCCCAACACACCGUGUGACCGACCGAGGGGAGCUCAAGAGAGCUUUUGUGCACAACGUGUCAAUUCUCUGCCUCUGCGGAGCCGCUGAUAGAGGCCCCCUCAGGCGGCAAAGGAAAGUGGAACCCUGUGGAGUGCGGUGACCUGUGUCCUCUCCCUCCUGUAGUCAGAGCACCCAGCGAUACAAUUGCACCACAAUGGAAAUUCAAUCAAGAGAUGGAGCCGGAGCGAGUCGCAACUACUCUGCCUUCCAUCCCCUGCUGGCCUGCUCAUUGAUGAAUUCAUCUGAAGAGGAAGAGGAACUUUGGACACAUCUGGAUUAAAGAUACUUCAGGUUUCAGGGGGAAGAUUAUGAACUUCGCUUUGAGCAAAUCUGCUGGCAGCGCAGGUUUGAAACCAGGACAGGACUUCCUGAAAGCGAUUUGUAACCAGAGGAACCGGAUUCACUCUGUGGACUCAGAGGUCAUCCCACUGACCAACUGUGUGAGGCCAUGUACCAGGCAGCUGUCUCCAAGCGGGUCGAGCACAACAUCCCCAGCGGGGUCAUGGAGGAGUCGGAGGUCUGUUCCCUGCCUGGGGGACUUGCCAGUGUGAGGAGACAAUUUGAGACCCAGGAAGCUGCAACCUCACACAAUGUAACCCAGUUCCAUGUUCAUCACAGAACUGUGCAGGAAAUGUCAAACUCAGAGGUGACGGUGUCGAGCAGCAGCAGGCAGGUCCUCCCAGGCAGUCAGCAGCUACAUUUCAACCAAGAAGCAACGAUGUCAUACAACAACAGUAACCUGGAAUCGAGUUUUGAAAACCAUCAGAAUGAAACAGAAGAGGAGGAGUUUCCCAGGUACACUACAAAAGAACUGAGGGAUCGCUUUGAAAGAACAAUAGAGGAGGCUGCUCCACAAAAACCAGUGAGGAUUGAACGUGACAUCAAUCGAGCUAAGUGGUCCUCAAAAGUGACACAAAACAACACAGUGGCUAAUGAGGCCUAUGAAGUGAACACUACCGAGGCAACAGAAGACACGCUGGCUGCACUGAUGGAUUAUGAGGACUUUCCACCCCCACCGGCUGAUGAUUCUGACUACCUUCCACCCCCACCUCCAGAUUUACUACAAAUGUCAUCAGACAGUCAAAAUAUCCCAGCAUGCAACUACUCACCUGAGCCUCCAGAGCCAGUGAACCCUUCCAAAUACCCAGUCAACAGGGACACUUACUUCAAGCAGAAGAGCAUGAAUGAGCUGAAGCGUCUCUACAAGCACAUUCAUCCCGAGGUUCGUAAGAAUAUCGAGAAGGAGUUCUACAGUGAUUACACCGAAACUGAGAACAACCAGUACCAGAGCCAAGAGUAUAUGUAUGAGGAUGAUGAUGGUAGCCCCAUUAAUAUCAAUGAUGAGGAGUACGGGGAAUGGGAAGAGAUUCUCCCCGGGGACGUGCAGUCGAAGCGUUGGAUGUUUGAAAAUAAGGCACUGGACUCCAUUAAAGAUGAGGUUCCUGAUGAGGAAGACGAAACAAACAAAAUAACGGAACAGGAAAUCAUUCUCGGGAAAGAUGUGAGACGCACAGCUUGGAUGUUUGAGACCAAGCCGAUGGAUGAGCUGAGCUCACACAACAUCAGCUCGACGGAAUACAAAAACAAAUUCAACAAAUUUGAUAAAGGAGACGUCCGCGCUGCAGCGUGGUUGUUUGAAACCCAGUCGAUGGACACUCUGAAUAAAAUGCACAAAGAGGAGGACUUAACAAAAGAGAUUGUGUUCACAGAGGAGGAUGGAAAUGCCACCAUUUACAUGAUUGACAACAAGUAUAUGGAAAGCCUCGGGCACACUGAGACCAUUGAUGAGAGCCACUUGCUGAGUUUGAGGUCAGUGCUAGAGGAGAUUAAUGGCGAGGUGAAAACUGUUACAACCACUUUUGACACUCAGUUUAAAUGCAUCAUUAUGGGACAGUCGAGCCAAAUGCUGGAGAUUAAGUCUGUGCGUAAGAUUGAAACUGAAUUGGAGAGCUCCAUCGCUUCACGUUGGCUUUUCGAUACCCAACCCUUGGACAUGACAAACAGGGAGCCUACACCUCUGAGACUUGUGUGCAGCCUUUCAAUGGAGGACAGCAGUAAAGGCGACUGGGGCAGGUGGCUGUUUGAGAUAAAGACCAUAAACUCUCUGAACGAGUGGGAAAGCUCCAAACUGGAGAAUCAAGAGAUCAUCGGGGCUGAUGUGCGCAAGCACUGCUUGGUGUUUGAAACCCAGCCAAUGGACUCUCUGAAGGAUGACUCCAAUGCGAGACCCCACUCUCUUGAAGAAAUCAUCGGGGGCAAUGUCAGAUCUGCCAGACACUUUUUUGAAAGCAGCCCUCGUGUAGAGAGGAAGACCGGCCCCGAGGUUGGAAAACUUCAAAAGGCAGCAGUGAACGACGAGGUGAAAGGUGAUGUCAGACACCAAAAGUGGCGCUUUGAGAGUCAGCCUCUUGAGCACAUAAGAGAGGGGAAGAAAGAGGUUACCCGCACUGUGAAUGUUCACGACGACCUCACGCAGGAGGAUGGCACAACCUGCCGGGCAGAUGUUCGCAAGAACUGCUGGGUGUUUGAGACGCAGCCUAUGGAUACGUUAAAAGAUGAGUCAAACAGUCUCUCGGUGACAAAGGAGGAAAUUAUUGCAGGUAAUGUGAGAUCAGCCAGACAUUAUUUUGAAACAAAUCCAGCGGAGGAGCUGAAAGAGCUCGCAGAGGUGGGCAAGCUGAAAAAAACAGCAGCACUUAAUGAGGAGAGGGGUGAUGUGCGUCAUCAGAAAUGGCGAUUUGAGAGCCAACCCCUGGAGCAGAUCAGAGAGGAAAAGAAGGACAUCCUCAGGACGAUCGACCUGGAAGAAAUUGAUAAAGUGGACGUCUCGAACUACAAGCAAAUCUUUGAGAGCACAGAAUUAAACAGGAUCGAUGAAUCUCAAAAGAUCACCAUCGAGGGAGUAACAUCUGGCUCUGUGAUAUCAAACAAAAACCUGUUUGAGUCGACCCCUCUGUACGCCAUGCGAGACCGCUCUGGGCACUUCCAUGAGGUGAAAACGGUGCGCCGAGAGGAGGUCGUGAAAGGAGACGUUACAACAUGCAAGUGGAUGUUUGAAACGCGACCCAUCGACCAAUUUGAUGAAAGCAUUGAUAAAUACCAAAUUAUCAAAGGCAUAUCCAAACAGGAAAUAGAGUCUGGUGACGUUAAAACUGCAAAGUGGCUGUUUGAAACACAGCCUCUCGAUGGCAUUAAGUACUUCAGCAACAUGGAAGACGAAGAAGUUGUGGAGACGAAUCAAAAUAUCGAGGUCAUGAAGGGUGACGUGAAAACCUGCAAGUGGCUCUUUGAGACAAAACCAAUGGACGUCCUGUAUGAAAGAGCGGAGUUAAAGGGUGAAAACGAAUCUGAGGAAAUGCAAAGAGGAGACGUCAAAACCUGCACAUGGCUGUUUGAGACGCAGGCACUUGACACCAUCCACGAUGAGACCGGGACCCAUCUGAAAGCGUGCACUGUGAAUCAACAGGACAUCAGCGGAAAAGAUGUGAGAACGGCUUGUUUUCUCUUUGAGACAGAGAAUCUGGAGAACCUCACUGGAGAGGAGACGGGCUCUUUCAAGCGUGUCACCGAGAUAGACAUCGCAUCUGGUGACGUGUCAGGGAUGAAGUACAUUUUUGAGAACCAGACAUGCGAUAUCAUGACUUCAACGUCUGAGGAGGUGAUGCAAAAGCUCAAGAGGGUUCAGACUGAGGAUAUACAAAAAGGAAACGUGGUGAACUGCAGAUGGAUGUUUGAAAACCAGUCCAUAGACACAAUCCACGAUAGCGCGGAGGAAUCUAUGAGCAGCCGCACCGUGAACGAUGUGCAAGGAGGAGAUGUGCACAAAGGCCGUUUCAUUUUCGAGAACUACUCCAUGGAUAAAAUUCAGGAGACGGACUCUGAGCUGAUGAAAAUGCGAACCAUUGUCCGGGAUGAAGAUGAGAAAGGGGACGUGAGAAAUUACACCAUGAUGUUCGAAAAUCAGCCCCUUUACGCCAUCCAGGACAAAGAGGGUCUUUACCACGAGGUCACCACUGUCACGAGCGAGGAAGUAUCACGUGGAGAUGUCAUCGGAACCCGGUGGUUGUUUGAAACCAAGCCCCUUGACGCCAUAAGGGACACGGAUGAGGUGUAUAUAAUUAAAUCUGUCACACAGCAGGAUGUGCAAAAGGGAGAUGUCACCUCAGCCAAGUGGAAAUUCGAGACACAGCCUCUCGACAGGAUCGCUGAGGAAAAGAAGGCUUUGAUAAGGACUGUGGAUGAUAUUCAGGGUGGCAAUGUGAGGAUGAACAAAGACCGUUUUGAGUCUGACGCCCUGUCGCAGGAUUCUGUUAGGACGGUCAAUGUGAGCGAAAUACAGAAAGGUGACGUGAGGACUGCCAAAUGGCGCUUUGAAACCCAGUCCAUUGACAAAAUAAGAAGCAUGAGCUCUGAGAAUCUGAUUGAAACAGUUAAGAAGGAGGAUGUUGCGAAGGGAGACGUUAAACACUCAGUGUGGCUCUUUGAGAAAAAUCCUCUCGAUCAACUUAAAGAGGUAGACGAGGAUGAAGGUCAUCGCGCCGCCACUCAGGAGGACGAGAUCUCCAACGCGGAUGUAAAGACGACAACGUGGCUCUUUGAGACGACGCCAUUUGACAACUUUAACGAGACAAAGGCGGAGAAGACAGAAAUCCUGGGAAAGAGCGUCAAGGGAACUCUCGAGGAACUUUAUAGUCAGAAAAUGGUGAAGUCGAAGGGAGUGCUCAUUGAGGCUGAUGAAAUAGGCGAUGUCAGGAUGGCAAAAUACCAGCUAAUGAAUAAGCAGGCUCCGGAGAUUCAGCGAGAGGAAGUCAUCAGGGGAGAUCUGCAGACUGUUAUGAUGAACCUACUGAACAGACAGGAGAGACAGGAGCGUCAGGUAGUUAUAGAUUCAGAGGAGAAGGGUAAUAUCACUUCAACAGUGCAUCAGCUGUUCAACCAAGAGAGAGACAGCAGUGUCGAAAGGGAGGAAAUAUUACGAGGCGACAUCCGGGAAGCUAUAAACAACCUUUUCAAUGCGGACCAGUCGAGAAAACAUGGAAUACUCAUCCAGGAGGACGAGAAAGGUGACGUGCAGAUGACGAUAUACUCGCUCCUCAAUCAGCACGAGAACGUGAACGUUGAAAAGGAGGACAUCGUAAGAGGGGAUAUAAGGAGCGCUCUUCAAAAGCUGUCCAGCUCAGACAAGUCAGAUCAGGCAGUGAGGAUAAAGGUGGACGCCACUGAGAAAGGAAACGUCAACUUCUACUCCACAUGCAUCGAAUCUGGCUCCCUCGACUAUCUUAAACAACUCCAUUUGGAUUCUGAUGAGACUCUAGCAGACACAGUGGCGAAAGAAACGGUUGUCGGAGGCGACAUCAAGGGCACAAAGCUCAUCCUUUCUCGCAGUCAAACACAGGUUGAGCGUACAGUGGAGGACGUUAUACCUGGGGAUGUUCACAAGACGGUGAAAGUUUUCAUGUCGGAGCCGACCGUCUCGUUGGAGGGACUCCAAAAGGAGGAGAUAGUCAAAGGUGAUUUAAGAGCUGCUUUGAGUUCGCUGUCUGAAUCAGCGAAUCAGACGGUCGUCGUAGAGAAAGAGGAGGUGGUGAAAGGCAACAUCCCGAAAGCCCUGCGGUGCCUGGAGAGGGCUCAGAAACGCUACAAGGAGGUGGAGAAGCCAGAUAUCAUACCAGGAAAUAUCAAAGGGGCGCUGAGAUCUCUUGAGAAGUCAGCAACAUCCAGAGCCGAAACCACUGUCGAGGAUUUAGUUCCUGGGGAUGUGAAGGCCACGCUGAAGUCUCUGGAGCUGGCAAAGAAAGCGGUGAGGGAAGUGGAAAAGGAAGAAAUAGUGAGGGGUGAUAUUCGCAUAACGAUGCAGAGUCUCCAAGAUGCAUCCAGCGAGAGGAAAAAGUGUCAACAGGAAACAGAUGUUCAGGGAGACGUCAGAGGAACGAUUCAGCUCUUAAUGGAGCCUCCACCGUCACCGAGGAUGCAGAGGAGCCCAAGCCUUGAGGGCGAGGUAAAGGGUGAUGUCAAGAUGUCAAUCAAGUCAUUAUAUGAGUCACAGGAGCAAGCCCAGCUGGAGAAAGAAGAAGUGAUCAAGGGAGAUGUGAAAGGCAAGAUUAAGUGUUUGAUGGAGACAGCGCAGCGUCAAACUCCCAAAGUCAGACUCGGAGCUUACCGAAGAGUUCGAGUCAAGCAGAGUCCUCCAGUUAGAAACCUGAAUGUUGAUGCGCAGAGGAACAUACAGAAGAUAAAAACUGCUAAUUCUAGUGAAACCUCAAAUGAAAAUCACUCCACGUCUAAAGAAACCGAAACAGUUACAACAAAGACGAGUUCUGUGGAGGAGUCGGCACAGCAGUCAACAACUGUGGUGGAGCAUAAAACGAUCACCCAAAACCACGGCAUCAAAACGCUAAAGACACAGUUUCGUAAUCUGAAGUCGAGCCCGAAGGGAAUGAUAAAAGUAAACAAAACCAAAGUAGAAACAGAUGCUUAUACUCUCAAGCCACACGUGCCAGAGCCUGAUCUGCCUCCUCCACCCCCACCUCUCCCAGUAGUAGACACUGACCUUCCUCCUCCUCCUCCUCCUCCUCCUCUCCCUCUUGAUUCUGACAUCGAUCACCUUCCUCCUCCACCGCCACCUCUCGCCGGCGAGCAGGACUUCCUCCCGCCUCCACCAUCUCAACAGGAAUUAGAGAGCAUGCCAGCGCAGGCAGUUCAUCCGGCAAAAGCCAAAAAGAUGACGGUUAAGAAAGUGAAAGGUCCCGCUCUCCAUCCGGUCCCGAAGCUGGAGGCCAAAGUGGAAAUCAGCAAAACACAGCAACACGUGGAGGUUACAUCACAGAAGGUGGUAUCAGUGAGCCAAAGCUCAUCGAAAACAACAUCGCAUACAUCAAAAACUGUCUCGCUUGAGAUCCCUCCACCACCGGCGUCACCGCAACCACUAAAGAAAGUUUACAUCCCUGUGAAAUUCACCCCUCCACCCUCUCCUCCACCUGCCAUGAGAGGCCCGGUGAGUAAAUUUAACACACCAUUAAUAAAAGCAGAGGGAAGGUACAGGAAGCUGAAGGAGGAAUACACACCUCCAACCACUCCAACACCCACUCACAUACAUGACUCAGUCACCGCUGCUCUUGAAAUGCUUUCCAACAAAGACGAGCAGCAGUCAAGUAACAACACAGCUGAAAUGAUGGCAACGAACGUUCAUUCAGACUCCCGAUCAAGUGAAUUAUCCAAACAUGUGGUCUCAAACACCACCCAGAGCAAUGUCAGCGCUAAUUUCACAGAUUCAAUGAUUAUAACUUCUGCUCAACAGCAGUCUUCUAAGGUUGUCUCUGUUCAGAAGACCUCAUCUGUGUCGUCUGUUAGACAGCAGAUGCACACGACUUCACAGAAAACAGUUACUGUUUCGUCCACGCAGUCGGCUCAGGCAGUCACGGCUAACGAAGUCCAGGCCUCUGUCAGUGUCGUAGCAAAACCAGAAGAUCUGUCGCCUGACAGAAAGAGAGAUUCUAAAAAUCAGGCAACAAAGGCCUCCAGCAAAUCUGAAGAUCAAAACGAAGCCCAAUCUGAGAACAAGAAGACAAAAGAUCAUAAAGAGUCCGAAUUAAAUGUCACCUCAGGGAAGGAUGCAAAGGAGUCCAGAUCACCCCAGCGUGGCAACAAGAAGAAAACAGAUCAUUCUCCUCCCAAGAGCCAGGAAAAGGUUUCCGAUCAGACAAUGCAAACAGAAAAGGCAGCUGCUAACACAAAUGGAAAAACAGGCAAACAAAACCAAAAGGUGAAAAAGAACAAUAAGCAAGAAAAGCAUGUAGAGACAAAGAGGUCCAGUGAAAGUGAAAGUGUGGAAGUCAAGGUGGAAGUCAAGGAGGCUGCUGAGGUGAAAGUGAUCUGUGAAUCUAAAGAAGUAAAGACAGAGUUAAAGCAGGGGAUUAAGAGUGUUACUGCCUCUUCUGCUCUGGCCUCUCCGCCUGCUGCUACUGUUAGCAUAACUGACAGCCAGCCAGAACCUCCGGCUCCAACAAAGAAGAAAAAGAGGUCCAAAAAGUCUAAAGGGGCUGCACAGGCAGUCCAGGGCAAAGAGCCUUCCCCAGAAUCAAAGAGAGAAGUUACAGAAACCAAGACAGCGACGCCUGAGAGAUCCCCCCAAACUCAGGAAGCGACUGCCCAGAUUCACAAAAGUGUAAAAGAAGAGCAAGUCGAGAGAGAAGUCAUUACCACAGACGGCAAAGACGAGCACGUUUCCCAGCAACAGAAAGCGGUUCAAAAGAAUGUGAAGGGAUCUCAGAAGAAGAAAGGAGUGACAGUGACGCAGCAGAGCGCAGAAGAACCACCAGAAGAGAGUGGGGAUGUCCCAAUUACGCUGACAGGCGAGUCAGAACAAAUUGAACUAGUAAAGUCCACAACAGGGAGAAGGGAGGAAUCUCAGAGGCAGGAGGUCCAAGAAUUCAUCUCUCACGUCACAGAGAUGCGACGAGUUACAGAAAAGACCGGUUCUAAAUCUGUAAAGACCCUGCUCGGCACAGAUCCAGAUUGGCUGAUGAGUGUGGAAAGAAAAUGCGAAGUGCGGAGAUCUGUUGCAGAAAGUGAUGCUCAAGACAAUCCUGAAAUCCUCUCACAUGUGAGCAAGGCAGCAGAGCCGACACUGACGCAUCUUGAGGAUAAUGAGACAGUGGAGAAGCACGAGUGCGAGCCAGUGUCUGAGAAAUCCCUCUCUGACGGGGCAACGACGAGAAUAUCCAAGAUCAGCAUUGGUUCUGCCAAAAUCGAGAACCAAAUGAGGAAGAAGACGUCCCACGAGAGAAGGAGAGAAGACGUGAGUCAGUGCAAGUCUGUCGACCUCCGCGCUCCCUCGCCGUCGCUCAGGAUGCGUUCCCCCUCGCCGACGUUCAUCACCAUCGAAUCCACGCGGCGAACCGACUCGCCCCAGAGAGUCACCCCUUCACCCACCCUUCUGCACAGGCCGCCCACGCCUCCCACCCCGCCGCCACGCAGGUGCGACACCCCGACAUCACGCCUCACGAGAAUCACACCCUCUCCAACUUUUGACAGAGCCGAGAAUCUGGCUCGGCUCAAAGACACGACAGCCAAGCUCUCGCGUGGCGUCACCCCGCCGCCGCUGCUUCCCCAGCAAAUCUCAGAGAAGAAAUCGGAGAUUGUGGAGUCGCCUGCUUCAUUCCAUCGGCAAAUUAAAAUCGAGUCACAACUCGCGGAGGCCUCCGGGACAUCGACUGAAACAAGAAAGAUUUUGUCCAGGGAGGAAUAUGUAGAAGAUCAAGCACGCACUUCAGAAAUACAAAGUGAGCCAGAGACCUGCAUGCCUUGGAGUCUAAAUGACCCAGAUCUCGUUGAAGCGGCAGAUAUUUCAGAGCCGUCAUCUGUAUCUGUCAGAGAGAAGAGAGAGUUUUUUGAAGAGGCUCACAAGGCUGAAAUCAAUAAGACCUAUGUGCGUAAGGAGCCCAUUGCCAUCCCAGAACGACUGGGCCCAGACAUGGAGGAGUGUGAGCAAGAAUAUAAGAACAAAGAAAAGGAUGUGCUUCCCAAGGCAGACUUGUCGGGCCUUGUAAACAAAUUCGAAUCACCAGAAGAGAAACUGUAUUUGAGAAAAGAGCUUAUCGCGCUCUCGGAGUGGCUUCAUGAUGACACUGAGAGCGCAGACUGUGACAAAGAGAAAGCAGACAUCCUGGAACAGGAAAUGCCAACUUUUGACAUCCAGGCUAUUAAAAAUGUUUUUGAAGUGGGUGAGCAAAGUUCCCCAUUCAGUGAGGAGAAAAAGGAUCAGGAGGAGCUUGUGUCAAGCCUGACUGAAACAAGAGCAGACACUUCAAAGCGGGAAAGUCCUCAAGAGACAAGGAGAGGCUCGCGGAGGAGCACCCCCCUCCCUCUGCAGAAAUAUGAGGCGGAAACUGUGCCAGCAGAACCCCCAGCCUUCUCUGAAACCCAGUCAUCCACAGAACAUUUCUCAAAUGUUGAUGAGUUUGGUAACAAGGUCACUGGAACAAGGACGGUCGUCACCGAGCACUCUGAGAGCGCGUCGGCCCACCCGGCUCCUUUUUCCUAUGCUGACGCGGUGAAAAGAAAAGCCGCAUUAGCAGCGCGCCGAACAGAGACCUACGACGCCGACGCCACCGACAAGUUGCUGAGCAAUUUCCACAAAACGUGGUCGGAGAGCGAGACGGUCUUCAAGAGCCUCGGCUACACCGUGUCUGAGGAGACGACGUCACAAGUCGUGUCACAUCAGACGGAGAUUGUGUCUGGCUCGUGUUCCGAAGUCGGAGCUGUGCACGGUGUGUCGGAGGAGAGCUUAUCCGAUGGAUGCUCUGAUAGUGGACAAAAAAAAGUACCAUAAAUCCUGUUUCUGCUGUGAACACUGCAGAAACAAAUUGAGCCUUGGGAAUUACGUCUCUCUCCACGGACAUUUUUACUGUCCUCCACAUUACAAACAACUCCUCAAGUCCAAAGGGAGCUACGAUAAUGGACUUGGGCAGAAUCCUCCCACAGGAAGUGGUGGACCUAUCCCC